AUGUCGUCCAUUAGCAAGCAGCUGUCUUCUAUCAGCUGUGCAGGCAAGAAGCAGUCUUCCUCCUCCGCUGAGAUCCGACUGGUUUUGCUGGGUAAGACCGGCUGCGGAAAAAGCUCCACCGCCAACUCCAUCUUGGGCCGUAAGAUCUUCGACUCAAAGGUUAGCAGCUCCUCCAUCACACAACGCUGCCGCAGGGUCUCUGGAGAAUUACGCAGCCGACAACUGACGCUCCUGGACACCCCGGGGCUUCUGGACCCUAAUCAGACUCCACAGGAGGUGCAGAAGGAGUUGAGGAGGAGUGUUAGCCUCUUGUACCCCGGCCCACAUGUGUUCCUUCUGGUUAUUCAGAUUGGGAGGUUCACUCGGGAGGAGAAAGAGGCGGUGCGGCAGAUCAAACAGGCAAUGGGUUCCCAUGCUUUGAGUUUCUCUGUGGUGGUUUUUACCCAUGGAGACCUUCUUGAAGAAGGGACAUCCGUAAAGCAUUGUCUGAUAGACGAGUGCAAGGAUCUGGCUGAGCUACUGGUCAGAUGUGGGGGCAGGUACUGUGUCUUCAACAACCAGAGCUCCAAGAACAAGGAGCAGGUGUCAGAGCUGCUUGCCUUAGUGGACAGCAUGAUGCGGAGGAAUGGAGGAAUGUGCUAUAGCAGCAAGAUGCUCCAGAAUGCAGAGGAGGAUCUGGCUCAGGAGCUGCAAGAAGAGAGGAGGCUGCUGAACGAGAAGGACGGGCUAUUAAAAAGGAAACAGGAGGCAGCAAUAAAAGAGUUGUAUGAAAAAGAGCUAGAGAUGGUUCAGCAAAAAAGCAAGAUGGAGAUGGAGGAGCUGAAGAAAAAUCGGGAGCUGGAGAGAGAGAAGGAGGAGAAACUGGCAAGAGAUAGGCAGGAGGCCUUUAGACAAGGGAUGGAGGAGUAUGACAUGAAAGAGAAGGAGAGAAAGAUACAAGAGAUGGUGAGAGUGAUGGAGAUACGCAGAGAGGAGGAGGAGAAGAGGGAUGCUCUGCAAGAAAAGCUUGACCAAUUUACUAAAAUGCUUGAGGAGCAGGAAGAGCAGGAGGAGAAAAUGAGAAGGGAAAUGGAGGAGAAGAUCCAAAAGGAUAGAGUGGAAAAUGAAAAGAAGGAGAGAGAGAGGGAACAUCAGCAAAUACAGAAAGAGCAGGCCAUCAGGCAGAGGGAGGAAAUGAAGAGAGACGCUUUGCAUACAGAGCUGGAUGAACUCACCCAGCGCUUGGAGGAGCAGAGAAGGAAGGCGGAGGACAGGAAAAAUCAAAUGGAGGACCUGCUCAGACGCGAGAGGGAGGAGAACCAGAGAGAAAGGGCCAUACAAAUGGAGAAUCAGAUUGCAGACAAAAGGAGAAUCAUGGCCCUCAAGCAGGAGCUAAAACUCAUCAGAAUACAAGUUGAGCAACAAAAAGUGAGCGAAGAAAACCGCCAGAGGCAGCUAGAGGAGAACCUGCUGAGUGAGAGGGAAAAAUGCGACAAAGACAUGUCGACUUUGAAAAAGCAGUUUGACAAGAAGUUGCACAACGAGACGAUCGAGAAGAGGUCUGCAGAGAAACACAGUACAAUGACGACUGUGACCGGAUAUGUGCAAGAAAUGGGACUGGUGGGGUUGAACGCAGCUUUAGAGAGUGUUGGAGCUCCCUGCUGUAUACAGUAA